AUGAUCUUUAUUCUUUCGCUCCUUUUCCUCAUACAAAGUAUUGUGGGUGUCCCAGUUCCAAGAGUUAUUACUCGUUGGCACACUGCUGACGCUGUGACUUCGACCCUGACUUACACCACCGGUACUACUACUGUGUGGUUGCCUCCAGUCCAAGUGCUUAUCUCUGGCGAUUGCACAACUACCUUCACUAUUACUACUGGCCAAUGGGCUACCACUCCUGUUACCACCACCUCCUAUGCUGCUGGCCAGCAAGAUGGUGAUGACCAGCCUGAACCUACUCACACUGACAACGCUCAACAGAGCCCUCCUGCUGCUACUACUGAGGCCAACACUCCAGCUGAGACUCCAGCUGCCGAGACUCCAGCUGCCACUACUGCCGCUGAAACUGCUGCCAACACUGCUUCUCCAGAUGCUCCUGUUACUUCGACUUCUGCUACUACUUCUCCUCAACCAACCGACUCGUCUGACAACAAUUCUGGUAACGAUUCUGGUGACAAUUCUGACGACAAUGCUGGUAACAACAAUUCUGGCUCCACUGAAAACACUGGAAACAACAACAACGGCUCCAGCGACAGCAACAACACUAGCAACACCAGCAGCGCUAGCAACAAUAACGGAAGCGACAACAGCAACAGCAGCAGCAACAACAACAACGCUCAGUCCUCCGUUUCUACGGCUGCCCCAUCUACUUCGUCUUUCGCUCCAAGCAGCACUGCUGAUUCGACAACUCUGUCCUCCCAGUUUUCCUCCUCCUCCUCCUCCACCCCAACUGGUGAGAACUCGUUGAAGAUUUCCAGCCAGGGCGGCUACAAGUUUUCCCUGGCCCUGAACAAGCUUACCAGGCCAGACGUAAUUGUCUACUCUCCUUAUGGAAAUGACGGUUCUUGUAAGACUCACGACGAAGUCGAAACUGACUUGAAGUUCCUCAAGCAGACCGGAUUCAACAAGAUCAGAACCUAUGGUGUUGACUGUAACAUCAUCAGCGCUGUCCUUCCACUUGCUAGCUCUUUGGGCUUCAAGGUCAACCAAGGUUUCUGGAUCUCCAACCAAGGUGUCGACUCGAUUGAUGACUCUGUUUCUAACUUGAUUGACUACGCUAAGAAGAACUCUUGGGAUGUCUUUGACUACCUCACCAUCGGUAACGAAGCUAUCAUUGAAGGUUACGCUACCCCAUCUCAAUUGAUCUCCAAGAUUAACAGCGUCAAGAAGAAGUUGCAAGCAAACGGAUACAACGGUAAGGUCACCACUUCCGAGCCUCCAGUGAUGUACAAGAGACACCCAGAAUUGUGUACUGAGGCCGAAAUCGAUUUUGUUGGAAUCAACUCUCACUCUUAUUUCAACACCAAUUUGCACGCCGAUGAAGCUGGUGAAUAUGUUGCUUCCCAGCAAAAGGAGAUUGCCAAAAUCUGUUCUAAGAAGGCUGUCAUUACAGAAACCGGCUACCCUUCUAAAGGAAUCAAGAACGGUAACAACAUUCCAUCGCUCGCUAACCAAUAUGCCGCUAUCAAGUCCAUCAUGGACGCCACCAAUGGUGACUGCACCAUUUUGAGUUCCUUUGACGACUUCUGGAAGAACCCUGGCCCAUAUGGCAUCGAACAGGCUUUCGGAGUCAUCGGAUUUUUCUAA